CCUUAAUGACGCUUCUGUUAGUGCACAGUUUAUUCCAAUACAGUGCUAUCUAGAAACGAGACGUAUUGCGGGGCCAGGGUUCAUGAUGCUGGAUAUGGAGUUGCUACAGAGGCUGCCUUACAUGGAGCAGCUACUGGACUGGAUCAAGGGGUGGGAGCAACGGUUGCCUACCAGUCCCACUGCCCGGGCUGUCCUACUGGGACUAGGCGUCGGAGUAGCCGUUUAUCUGAUCACCAAGAAGAGGUACAAGCUACCCCCUGGACCCCGUGGAUGGCCGUUGCUUGGGAACCUCUUAGAGUUCCGGAAUGCAACUAUCUACGAGAAGAUGACGGAGUGGACAGCUCAGUAUGGUCCCGUUGUGAAGUUUAAUAUGGGACCUAUGACAAUGGUGGCCCUCAACAAUAUAGACGUUGUGUUGGAGGCGAUGGUCAAGCGACAGGCGGACUUUGCAGGGCGCCCCAAGUCUUACACAUCGGACCUCCUCAACGACGGAGGUAAGAAUAUCGCCCUCGGAGACUACAGCCCUACUUGGAAACUACACAGAAAGCUGGCUACCAAAGCCUUGAAACACUACAUGACGGGUACCCGCCUAGACCAGGGGAUAGAGCGCUCCCUCACUAAAGGCAUAAAGCUGAUACAGGAGAUGAAGGGGCCAUUCAAUCCUCAUCACGUUGUCUCCCUCAUUGUGUUCAACAUCAUCAACAAUAUCUGCUUCAGUGUCACAUGCGACGUUCAUGACAACUACUUCAAAGAGAUGUUGCAUUUUCUGGAUUACUUUCUGGAUGACUUUGGCAACGGCUUUCUUGAAGAUGUUAUUCCUCCCCUCCGUCUCUGCCAUACCAAGAAGCUGAAAACUGUAAUUAAACUAGUUGCUGACUUCUUCGGAAACUUGAAUAAAGAAAUUGACAAACAUCGACAGACGAUAUCCAAAGAUAACAUCCGUGAUUUCUGUGAUGCCCUGUUACUGGCUCAAGAAGAAGCUCGUGACGAAGAGGACCCGGAAGUGAUGUCACAGUUGACUGACAGCCAUAUCACUCAAACCCUCUCUGAUAUAUUUGCUGCCGGGAUGGACACCUCUCGCUUUACGCUGCUGUGGACACUACUGGAACUGGCUCAGCACCCUGACAUCCAGGACAAACUUCACACGGAGGUCGACCGUGCCCUGGGUUCCAGUCAUUACCCCAGUGUAUCAGACAGAAGUAGUCUCCCUUACACUGACGCUGUGCUUCACGAGAGCAUGAGGUUACACACUGUGGUCCCAAGCGGACUUCCCCACAAAACACUGUGUGAUACGAAAGUCGGUGGGUAUGACAUUCCUAAAGGAACUACCGUGUUCAUCAACCACUACGCUUUGCACCAGGAUCCAGAGCAGUGGCGGGACCCGCAAGUAUACAAUCCAGAUCGGUUCCUUGACCAUGAUGGCAAGAUGGCUGCCAAACCAGAGAGCUGGCUUCCGUUCUCUGCUGGAAGAAGAGUGUGUCUCGGAGAGAGCGUGGCCAAGCCGGAACUGCAUCUUCUGCUGGCCGGAAUCAUGAGGCAUUUCAAAGUGUCCCUCCCACCUGGAGCUAAGGUGAACCUUGAGCCACGUGGAGGAUCUUUCUUUAACGUACCACAGGAUUUUGAACUCACCUUUGAAUCAAGACUUUAGAUUACUACUGUGAUUGAUAUGUUGAUUGGUUGGUUGGUUUGUUGUUUAACACCGCACUCAGCAAUAUUCCAGCUAUAUGACUGUAAAUAAUCGAGGCUAGACCAGACAAUCCAGUGAUUAAUAUCAUGAGCAUCGAUCCACACAAUUGGGAUCGAUGACAUGUAUCAACCAAGUCAGCGAGCCUAAGUAAGUCGACAAGCAGAUUAAUAUGCAUAGUCAUGAACACGAAUCUAUUGUUUAUAUGAUUGACAAAUACGUUUCUUUCCAUGAUGGCGUUGCUGUUUCUAUAAACACGUAUUCUAGACAUUAUAUGGACCAUCAGUGUGAAGCCUCUCUGGCCAAAUAUUUUUGUUUGUUUGUUGUUUUAACGCCUUACUCAACAAUAUUCCAGCUAUAUGACGGCGGUCUGUAAAUUAUCGAGUCUGGACCAGACAAUACAGUGAUUGAUAUCAUGAGCAUCGAUCCACGCUAUUGUCUCGCCAAAAUGGAUGAGUAAAAUGAAACGAGAAUUCAGCGUGUCUGUCAAAUUACUGACACUUCAAGUCAUAAUUAGAGCCUGAAGUAUGUUAAAGUUGUAAUGAAAGAUCAGAUGGGACUGUCAGCUAAACUUCGUUGUCAAUCUCACAAUUUUUAAGAUUCUGAAACAACCUCAUUGAAAGACUGUAUUCCACCUGAUCAGUUACUUUGUGAAACUGGUAACUUAAAUGCUUUAGUUAUUAUUAAAACGCUCAGUUUAUUGGGAGUGUAGACAAAAUAAUCAUCCCAUCAUAUUAUUACCAGUUUUCCUUAAGAUACAAAUGUCAAACUUCGAUCAAAACAAAACUUCGUGUUAUUGAAAUGAAUAUCUUUAUUCUUAAAAUACAUAUUCGUUUUAUAAAUACUUUGAAUUUCAGCUUACGGUAAUUUUUAUAAUCUAGAUCUACACAUCAUAUAUGUUGUACCAUGGGCCACGUGGCCGUAUAUUCUGAAUAAAGAUUUUGUGUUGUGUA